AUGAGUGGAAUCGCUUUGAAAUUCACCUCGUUAUUGGUUAGAACCUUAGCCAAGCCAAUGGCUCUGGCUUUGAAAACACAAGCUAAAGAACAUGAACUAUUCAAAUCCGCAUGCAUCCGAGUGGCUCAAACAGUGCACUCGACGGACGUGAAGUUACGAAUGAGACUCUUGGGAGAGAAUAAGAUCAAAGUCCGACCAUUGAAUGACAAGAAAGCUAUCGAGAAUGGUGCCAAUUUUCUUCUGGAAGCAUUCAUAUUUCUGGUUGCUGGGUCUCUAAUCUUGUAUGAGUCUUAUAGGAGUCGGGUGAAAGCAGCCAACGAAAAGCUCACUGUUAGAAACGACAUCACAGACCUUCAAGGCGAGAUCGAAGAGGUGAAGAAAUUAUUAGAACACUUGUCGGAAGACUUGCUACUCUUGCGCAAUAUGGACUUGAGUAACUCCUCCCCUGAAGAUACCAGUCCAAAAUUGAACACAUCUCCAGUUGUUGGAACUUCAUGA